GGUCCUUCCUCCGGCUCCGUCGGCGGGAUCAUGGCGGCGGCCGUGGUGGCUGCCCCGGGUCGAGCUCUGUUGCGGGCCGGCGCUGCUCUACUGCGGCCCGGAGUCGCGCUACCCCGAGCCGGAAUUGAAGGAGGCAGCCCGGGGCUGGAGCGCGACUUCAGUCUCUCUCACCGUUGGAGCGCGGUCGUCGUGGAGCGCUGGUGGAGGGUGCCGCUGGCCGGGGAGGGCAGAAAGCCGCGCCUGCACCGACGACACCGCGUCUAUAAGCUGGUGGAGGACACAAAGCACCGACCCCCAGAGCCCCUGGAGCUCAUCCUCACGCAGUCUGUAGAGGAAAUUGGAGUCCGGGGUGAUCUGGUCUCAGUGAAGAAAUCUGUUGGUCGUAAUCAACUCCUUUCUCAGGGACUGGCUGUAUAUGCAUCCCCUGAAAACAGGAAGCUGUUUGAAGAGGAGAAAUUGAUGAGACAAGAAGGAAGACUAGAGAGGAUCCAGACCAAGGCAGGAGAGGCGACAGUGAAAUUCCUGAGAAGCUGCCACUUGGAGGUGGGAAUGAAGAACAAUGUGAAAUGGGAACUGACUCCUGAAAUAGUUUCCCGCCAUUUCUUCAAAAAUCUUGGUGUUGUGGUUGCCCCACAUGCAUUGAAGUUACCAGAGGAAUCUAUCACACGGUGGGGCGAGUACUGGUGUGACGUAACAGUAAAUGGGCUCGACACUGUGAGAGUUCCUAUGUCUGUAGUGCUCUUUCAGAAGCCCAAAACCAAAAGAUACAAGCACUGGAUAGCCCAGCAAGCUGCCAAGAGCAUGUCCCCCACGAGCACCUAGGCAGUCUGCAUGCACUUGCUCUCCAGGCACUGAGCAGAAUCAGAAGAACAAUGGAGCAGACGUAGGCUUCAAAACACCUGAUGUCCAUUCCAGCUCUGACAAGUAUGGAUCUUGGAGAACAUGGAUGCAACAGACUGAACUGCAUAUACAUAUCAAAUUCCCCAUAUCUGUCAUCUUUGUCUUCUGGGGUUGUCUCUUCAGAUUUACUCUGGCAGUUCUGCUCAAAAAGUACAGGCAGUAGAUCUGAUAAGUUGAAUCCAA